AUGAAGAUGUCAUCCGUCAAGGACGACUCGUUCCAAUUGUACGACUUGCGGGUCGAGGUGGUUUGUCCACCAGGCGAGCGCAUUUUGUGCGGAGCCAAAGAAGGAGAUUACUUUACUGUUCAAGGCGAGAUGCUGCAUCUUCCUGACGGCCAGGGAAUAAGCUUCUACAGCUUAGCGGCGGUACUGCCUCUGCUAGCAGCCAAGCAGAGACCAACUCACGCACAUGACUGGAUGUCCACAGAUGCAUUGAUUGCAUGUCCGGAUCCGAACUGCAAAUCUCAGCUCAAGAUCAUACGAACCGGGUUGCGGACCUUCAGUCAUGCGGAUACCACGGUAGUUGGUCUUGAAGGGAACUCUUGA